AUGAGCCUCCUGCUGAAAACCCGCUCUUACGUACGACGCAUUGCCCUCCUGUGCGCGGACACAGACUCCCAUUGCCCUCACGCACUUUCCCCCGCUCUUCCCGCUGCACUUCCCGCCGCACUUGCGCUCGAGCGCACAGGGGGAGCUCUCUGCGCACUCACCUCCACGCGCCUCGAAACCAAGCCAUCAGCGCGCAGCCAUGGAUUUGACGUCGCCCAUCCGCCUCGCCAGUGGCACCUCCAUUCCCCGCCUUGCCUGUGCGCCCUUUCCGCCCUCUCCGCCCUUUCGGCCCCUUCCGCCCUUUCCGCCCCUUCCGCCCUUUCCGCCCCUUCCACCCUUUCCGCCCUUUCCGCCCCUUCCGCCCUUUCCGCCCCUUCCGCCCUUCCCGCCCGUUCCGUCCCCUAUCCAAUCCCGCUGUUGGCGCCGUGCCCUCUUCCAUCCUCCCCCUUCCGCCUUCCCCCUGUUCCAUGCCCCUACCUCCACCUUUCCUUCCUCCGUGUUGCCAGCGCCUUCCCCUCUCCUCGCCCUUCCGUUCGCUCUAACCCCCCUGGGCUAGGCUCUAACCCCUCCUCCCCGCCUCUCUCCCUCUCCCACACUUCCAAUCCAACCUUCCCUCGCGCCGUCAACCUCCCGCCUUGCCUCUCCUCGCCCCCUCUCUCAUUGCUGGGCACAUUCAAGGCCAAAGGUGGGGAGGUGAAGGAGGCAGUUAAAGCAGCACUUGCAGCUGGAUACAGGCACAUCGAUACUGCGUCGGUGUACAAGAAUGAAGUGGAAAUUGGGGAGGCUAUUAGGGAGUAUGGCAUAGCAAGGGAGGAGGUUUUUAUCACGUCCAAGGCCUCUCCCUACGAGCACGGGCCUGGAGUGGCAAAGCUAGAUAGAGCUCUGUUACUGCCCCCUAAUCUUCCUUCAUCCCUGCUCCCCUCCUCCUGUCUUUCUAGAGCGUCUGAGAAGAAUGCAGAGAUUCGCUUGGAGUCUUGGCAAGCCCUGGAGCAGCUUCAGAGAGGAGGGGGGGGAGAGGGAGGAGUAGAGGAGGGUGGUGGGGAGGGGAAUAGAGGGGAGGGGAGGGGAGUAGUGGGGAUGGGGGCAGAAGGGGAUAGAGAGGGGUGCAGAGGGGUGGAGAAAGGCAAGAAGUGGCUAGGAGAAGAAACACAGAGAGUUUUGUUUGCUUUUUAUACGCUAUGGCUUCUACCACCAUUAUUAUGGCAUGCACCUUCCCUCCCCUCCCCAGGUAAAUGCCGCGCCAUUGGAGUCAGCAACUUCACUGCCGCCCAUCUCGAUCACUUGAUGACAAACUCUGCCACCCCGCCAGCUGUCAACCAGGUGGAGGUGCACCCGCUGCUGACUCAGCAGCCCCUGCGAGCCUAUUGUGCAGAGCGUGGCAUCUGUGUGGCAGCAUACUCCCCCCUGGGGUGUGGCCAGCUGUUGCAGCAUUCAACUGUGCAACAAGUGGCUAAGCAAGUCGAGCGGUCAGCUGCUCAAGUGCUGCUCAGAUGGAGCCUGCAGCAUGGGAUGGUUACAAUACCCAAGUCUGCCCCUACGGUUGACACGGAUUAUUUGAAGGAGAUUGAGGCGGUCAGGCGUGAUUUACGAGCGUUAAUCGCGGAGAAGAGCUGCGCUCCGCUUAUGCUUCGCUUGGCAUUCCAUGACGCUGGUACUUACGACGCGAAGACGAGAAGCGGCGGACCAAAUGCUUCGAUUCGAAGCGAGCUGGAGUACACUCAUGGCGGAAACGCAGGGAUGAAGAUAGGCAUCGACCUGCUUGAGCCGGUUAAGGCGAAACAUCCUCGAGUAACAUACGCUGACAUCUACCAGCUAGCUGGCGUGGUAGCUGUUGAAGUAACCGGAGGCCCUACCAUCUCUUUUAAGCCCGGCCGAAAGGACUCCCUGGCCGUUACUCCUGACGGCAGGCUGCCAGAUGCUCAUAAAGGAUCUGAUCACCUGCGAGAUGUAUUUUACCGCAUGGGGUUCAAUGAUCAAGACAUUGUUGCUUUGAGUGGAUCGCACACUCUGGGGCGUGCACAUAAGGAUCGUUCGGGCUUUGAGGGUGCGUGGACGCAGCAACCGUUGAAAUUUGACAACACCUACUAUAUUGAGCUUUUGAAAGGAGACGCUGCAGGACUGCUCAAGCUUCCCACAGACAAGUGCCUUGUAGAGGACCCCAAGCUUCGUCCAUUUGUUGAGUUGUAUGCAAAGGAUGAAGAGGCGUUUUUCAGGGACUACGCAUCUGCACACAAGAAAAUGUCUGAGCUUGGGUGCAAGGAUACCUCUCCAGCAUUCUGGGAAGCUGAUGCUGCAGCCAAGGAGACUGUUAGUGCGUCCACCAUCUUGGCCCAAAGUGCUUUUGGUGCUGUUGUCACUGCUGGAGUUCUAGUGCUCGGAUACCUUUAUGAGCUCCGCCGGAAAGCCAAGUGA